UUGUUUACAAAUCAACAGAGCCUGUUUGAGGUUGGCGGCGUGGCGAGAGCGAGGACGGAGGAUCGCUGCGAGGAGCGGUGCCUCUUUCAUUCAAUCCCCGACCACAACAUCAACUAACCCACUGGCCUUCACGAUGCCCUGUCGAAAGGAAAACUACAUCUUCCUGGAGCAGUCCGUCACCGUCGGCUCCAAAGAGGUGGACGCGCUGGUGACUAGAAUCGGCGAGGCGCUGCAGCUCCACAACAAUAGCGGCGGCCACCCGAAGAAGACGGCCUGCUUGCACGAACUCACCACCGGCGUGGGGAGCGUGAUCAACCCGGCGGGGGUCGUCGUCGUCGGCGGCGGCGGAGUAGGAGGUACAACCGCCGCGGGCGCGCCUGUUCCAAAGCGGCAAGGGUGCUGCAUGCGACUGCGGAACCGCGGCAGUAGCCGGGCGAGUCCUUACCACAUCCCCGGCUCGAGCGACCAGGAGUGGGACCAAUUCAAACCGUGGAACAAAAAGAGGCUGCACGCCGAAGAGGACGACCCGCACCGCCUGCUCCAGGAGCUCAUCCUUUCGGGCAACCUGAUCAAAGAGGCCGUGAGGCGACUGCAGUUCUCCACGGCGGACUGUGGAGACUUCCCCAAAGCAGCAGACAACGUGCCGUGCUGACGAGGCUUCAAACACUGCUCCCAUCCUUCCGCGGCCCUCUCGUUGAUUUUCAAGUUAAACUCGACAAGACUGGUAGCUGUGUUUUUUUCCUCCCAUUUCCCCAAUUUCCAAUUUUCGUUUGAUCCAGAACCUUGGCUCCGUUGCGUCAGCGACGGUGGUUAGCUCGCCAGUUAGCCGCCCGGCUAAGGAGCCGCGUUGUUUAUGUUUGAAAAUCUUCUCGACUCAAGUCGAGGUGGGGUGUGCUAAGGGGCUUCAAAUAAGACGGGAUUUAUUCAUUUUCAAUUACACUUUCCCCUUCCUCUCAGUUGAAUGAAAUUUCACAUCGGGGCUUUUUAUGUGUGUGAUUUUUGAGGGUAAAAUGGACGCCAUUUUCAAGACGACUCACGUAGCCCCCGCACACGUAAACAAGUUGUUUUUGUUUCCUCCCAUCUUAUCCGUUCAUCUGUUUGUCGUGUUUGGAGGCAGGAGUACAAACUGCUAGCCUUAUCCACUCCAAACACAUAUGAACUUAAUCGUGGAGGAGAGUUUUGGUGGUUUAGUGUUUGUGUGUGUGGCCAUUUUGUUUACACUCGGGGAGAGGAGACAAGAAGCAUGUGUGUACCUUGCUUUACUUUUUUUCCCCUCCUCGGAGCAGCUACUUUCACCAUCACAAACCUCAUACAACAGACCAUCCGUGUCAUUUUCUAAUGCAUUUUUCUACACAGCAGCAUAAAACGUGGUUAGCACCAUUGCCUCACAGCUUUGCGGUACGCGGUUCAAAUCCCUGCUUCCGGUUUCCUCCCACAUUCCCCCAAACUUUUAAAAAGUUAAUUGAAGAUUAUUAAAUUGUCCAUUGGCUGGCAACCAGUCCAGGAUGUUUCCCUGGGAUAGGCUCAAACUCAUCUGUGUUCCUUAUGAGGAGUAGCGGAAGCGAUUUUUUUUUUCCUACACCAAGCUAUGUGACAACAAAAAGUCUCUUUGUGGUUGGAAGCCUCUAGGUGUCCUCUGAAAGGGGAUCCCGGUGGGCAAAUAUGCAGGACAGUGGGGGUUGGGGUGCGGGUAUGUGAAAGCAAGGCCAUUUCCCACAGGGCUUACUAUUACUUGGGUCUGUUUGUUUGCUUGUAAAAGGAGGGGGUGUGUGGUCAAUGGUCACAUGACAACACUUUUGUGGUGCUCUUCACUUUUGGGGAAUUCCGAUGAGGAGUUCUGUUGUGUUUUUUUUUUGUAUGUGUGUGUGUUUGUUUUGUAUUUGUGCUCCGUGUACAGAAAAAUGCACAACUGCUUCGUACCGAAGUAUCAUUAUAAUGAGCCUGAGUAUUCAGGGCCGUUUUUGGGGGGGGUUGUCUUAAUAAACACACUCUUUGUUUUUCCAAA